UCUCUCGCCGGGCAGCCAAGAGUGGACCCCUGCUGCAGCGCCAUGGAUUCCGGCGAAGAAACCCACGAGAUGAACGGACUGGCGAGAGGGAACGGCGGCAGCGACAACACGCCUCCCGCGGAGGAAGGAAAGCCUCAAAGACAGUGGCUACGGCGAAAUGGACCAAUUAACAUUAACCAUUAUGCCAAUAAGAAGAGUGCAGCUGAAAGUAUGUUGGACAUUGCUUUGCUCAUGGCCAAUGCAUCCCAGCUCAAAGCAGUGAUGGAACAAGGGCCUUCCUUUGCAUUCUAUGUUCCUCUUAUUAUCCUCAUCAGCAUCUCACUCACACUGCAGAUUGGAGUUGGCGUGCUUCUGAUAUUCCUCGUAAAAUACGACCUUAAUAACCCUGCAAAACAUGCCAAGCUGGACUUCCUCAAUAACCUUGCAACUGGACUGGUGUUCAUUAUAGUGGUUGUGAAUAUUUUUAUUACAGCUUUUGGAGUGCAGAAGCCCUCGUCCUCAAAAGCAUAGUAGUGCAAAGGUAAUUGCUGUACAUGGACUGUUUUCUCUCGGAUGCAACGUAUGAAGAAACUGAAGCUAUCCAGACAUGCAUUUUUAUGUAACUUUCCCUUGAGCUGUUUUGCUGGAAAGAUUCUGUUAAGUCUCUUAGCUAUAUAUAAGAUGAUAAUUAGUUGUCAUUGAGAAAACUAAGUUAAAAACCAUAGUACAAGGAUUUGUAUUCAGGCUACUAGCAUCAACAUUUCUACUUUACCUUGUUAGCACUGCAUCAGAGAGCAGUGCUCUCCAGAUCCUGUUAUUCUCAAAAGUCCACAAGCGCUCCUCACUCUUUGUGUCUUCUUCAAAGAUUCUGAGCAGGGAGAGAAGUAACUUUCAUGCACAAAAUAACAACACAGUAGAAGGAAAUUGUCUUCAUACAGGCAUGGAAGGGCCUGCCUGUACCUUUAGAGAGAACAUUUGUCUAGCAAGCAUCUCAGAUGUCUGUAUGUCUGUGAUCCCAGUGUUUUGUGUAAUUUAAGUAAAUUAUGUACAUACAUUUUCUUUAUUUUCUCUA